UUCCUGAGCUAAAAUAAAAAAAAUGAAAAUCGUUUUUAUGCUGGUGGCAUGCCUAGUGUCGCUCAAAAGUGUGCGACCGCAGGUUGAAUCAAUAGGAUCUACUGGUAAUUGUAUCUGUACGUUGGAAUACAACCCUGUUUGCGGAAGUAAUGGACGAACAUAUUCCAAUCCAUGUCAGGCACGCUGCGCAGGUGUUAGUGUAAGAUGCCAAGGCAGCUGUCCGUGUUCUACCGACAGUUGUGUUUGUCCACGAAUAUAUCGCCCUGUGUGUGGACGUGACGGGCAGACAUACCCAAAUAGCUGUACUGCUAGAUGCAGAGGUGCCAGAGUACAAUGCAAUCGGAGAUGCCCAUGCUCUGGUGGUGGUGGUGGUUGUAAUUGUCCAGAAAUCUAUAGCCCAGUAUGUGGCAGCAAUGGCGUCACUUACGACAACAGGUGCUUGGCCCGUUGCAGAAAUGUGAGAGUGAGAUGUAAUCGACGAUGUCCUUGUUCUGGCAACAACAAUUGUAAUUGUCCAAGAAACUAUGAUCCAGUGUGUGGAGUUGAUGGAAGAACUUACAAUAACAGAUGUGAGGCCCGCUGCAGAAAUGUGAGAGUAAGAUGCAAUCGACAAUGUCCCUGUUCUGGCAACAACAAUUGUAACUGUCCGAGAAAUUAUGACCCCGUGUGUGGAGUAAAUGGAAGAACUUACAAUAACAGAUGUGAGGCCCGCUGCAGAGGUGUUCGAGUAAGAUGUCAGGAGCGUUGUCCUUGUCGUAACUGUCCAUGCCCCAGAAAUUAUGCCCCAGUGUGUGGACGUGAUAGACGAACAUAUUCAAACUCAUGUCUUGCACGUUGCAAUGGGAUCAAUCGCUAUACCCAAGGAUCAUGCAGAGGUAGACAAGACAUGGGCUCACUCGUUACGUCAUUGGAUGCACAGCCAUAAUGAACCUUGUCAGCUGGAAAUAUGACGUAUUGAUGGAGGAUCUUCAAUUACCUCAUACUCUUUGCAAUGAUUUUUUUCUAGGAAAAAAACCCAUCUUUUUAUUAUUAGAAUGUGUUUUUGUUAGCGUAAUAAUGCUUUAAAUACAAAUUCAAAUAAGAGAUAA